ACAAAAGGUCGCUUACUGACGUAGCUGGAAUGCAGUUCCUCAGGAAUUUUCGGAGAAGUUUGUCAAUGAAAGGUCACUUGACGAUAUAUAAGAGUGAGCGGACAAUUGCCAUAAAUGCCUCUGACAUCAAAAGUAAGAUGAACGCAAUCGAUUUCUGUCUUCUGUGUGCUUUUCUACACGUGGGUUAUCAGAACCCACAGGGCUCCUGGACGCUCCAACCUAACAUUUUGGUUUUGAACGUAAAUGGUUCACGCAGCCAACAAGCCCUCAAGUGCCUGCACUCAGCAGCGGGAUUCUUGAAUGGCGAUGACAAGGAUAUUUUGUGGAAGAAGAACGAUAAAGAAAAGGCACAGAGGGGUAAUUCAUACCUGGUACAGCUCGAGGAGAGUUUGGGAGGAGGCCGCUACAGCUGCCACAGCUCAAAUGGAUCUCUUCUCAAUUACACUGAUGUCCUUAUUCAAGAGGACUUCACCAAGAAGAGGAAGAUUCUGAUGAAAACUGACUUGGCCGAAUAUUUAAAGUGCACUACUCAGAAUUUCGAGGGAGCGUUCAGAUGCUCUUGGAUCUGGGACAGGAUGCGUGUUGGAAAAGUAGCACUCAUCGAAACUGGACGAGGCAGAGCUGUUGAGUGUUCUCCUGACGCCAGUGGUCAGCACUGGACGUGCGCCUCUACUGAGAGUCACAUCAGCUGCUCAGUAGACGACAGCGGAGACGGGAUCUCCUGCGUGGACAAGCAGUACUGCCCAUUUGCGGAGGAGAAACACAAAUACUUCUUCACAGUCUAUUUUAGGACGGAACAUUUCCUGCUGGAGAGCUACUCCAAACAAUUCUAUGUGUCUGAAAUUGUGAAACCUGACAAAGUGACAAUCAGGAAAGUCAACCAAUCGAUGAUAGAAUUGACUUACCCAGGUUCCUGGAGCAGUCCCCACUCCUUCUUUCCUCUCACCUUCCAGGUUUUACAGAGCAAACAUGGGUGUAAAAACUGUGACAAUCCCUGUGAUGGGUCUACGGGUGCAAAGAUGCCAAUGGCGGACUCCUCAAGCGCUUGUCUGUUUGAGUUGGAGAACAAUUCCAGGACUGUCUGUGUCCGAGCCAAGGAUGCCCUCUACGACUCGCAUUGGAGCGAAUGGAGCCACCUCAGCACAGAUUGAGAAAGAGGCCAAAAAGUAAACAAGGAAAACGUACCAGCUGAAAACAUGUGAAAGAGAUGAGAAGGAACACCUGGGUGUCGACAGGAGCAAUAUUUAUUAAAUUAUAUAUUUCUAUUA